AUGGGAAGCCCAACACCAUCCCCAAACGCUAUCCAGCGAAGAGUAUGGGAUGGCCGUAUUCCACUUGAGAUAACACUUUCUCCAUCUGAAUGCAGGACAUAUGACAAAGCUGACCCGUACCUUAUAUGUUAUCCUCGAGUAUCAUAUUUGCCGUUUCUCCUUCCAAGGCUACAUGCAUUUUUUACUUCCUGGUUGAUUGAUAUCGAAACCCAACCUCAUCAAGGCUGGUUUUCUUUCGAAGGGGUGCCCCUGAAAUGGCACUACCCCCUUGGGCUCUUGUAUGAUUUAUACUCCGGAGCAGAUCCAGUGACUUCCAAAUCCAGUGUUGGGGAAGACGUUUCGCAUGCUGCAUCUCCAGGAGAGGAAGACGAUUCCGACCCCCACAGUGAACAUGAACACCGGAAACCAAUUCCUUGGCGGUUGCAGGUUCAUUUCAGCGACUGGCCAGAUCAGGAGCUUGUUCGCCUCGAUGCUGACGGAAGAGUUAUCCAUGAUGCAUUCAUUAAUAGCGUCAAGGAAGCUGAUUUCGUUCGGAAUGGAACCGCGAAAGGUAUCAUGACAUUGUCGAAAGAAGAUUCAUCGGGACUGUGGCAAGCUGUCCAAGACCAUGACUUCACGAACUUCCAACGCAUUUCGAACAUCCUCAUCCCCAGCCCACCCAACCAAUUUCGAAACAUCCCCCUGAGAAUUUUCCUGCCGUCCCCACCGAACUCCGCCACCCCUUCUCUUAAAGUAAUACAGUCUCUAUUUCCACCAACGAUUCAACCCUCAACUAGUCAGGGUGGGGCUCCUGGACGACCUACCCAGUCGCAGCCACAAACUGUUGGAUCAAGUCUGAAUUCCCUACUCCCGAGUCUCUUCCCUAGCAAACGGAUUCCGGUCCUAGCCAAACCUGUCCUCCAAGGAGCCGUGGUUCCUUUGAUUGCAACACUUGAAGAAGUGGUGCGUGUGGCGGGGUAUGCAGAUGGGUGGUUAGCCAUUGUAGUUACCAUGGUUGGAUGA